UAUUUUUCUAUGGCAUUUAGUAGUAUCUUAAUGUAGUGAAAAGUUUGAGGGUACAUGUAAAAGUAUUUCACGCUUUUACAGUUUGUCACACUGACACAGUACCAACAACCAAACCAGGGAAUAAAAUGAAGAUGGCCCUUUAGGGAAGAGAGAGAAGAGUUGGAGAAUGUAUGAUUGCUAGAAAGAAAAUGGGGUAAGAAGAAGCACAAGCAGCUCGUGGGUUCUUCAUAUUCACAGCUGCUGAUCAAGAUUCUGUUACUAGAUUUCACUUUUUUUGCUGUUUCUGAACUUCUUCGUUUUUAUCAGUGUGGUUACCAAAGUGAAGGAUCAUUGCUUCUAAUCUCUCAUCGUGUUUUUACAUUGCAGGUGUGAGCAAAAAUAAACCUAUCCAAGCACCUUGGGAUUAGGCUGUCUAGUCUCAACAGUUGAACCUGAUACUGGCCUGGAACCAUUUUGCUUACUGGUACAAGGACCUGUCUUUUGCAAGGUCAAAGCCUAUUGCAUUGUUGCUUGUUGCUGGAAUCAUGGCAACUUUGCUCUCUUCUGAGUCCAGGCGCUUAUAUUCUUGGUGGUGGGACAGCCACAUCAGCCCAAAGAACUCAAAAUGGCUUCAAGAAAAUCUUACAGACAUGGAUGCUAAAGUAAAAGCAAUGAUCAAGCUCAUCGAAGAAGAUGCAGAUUCAUUUGCAAGAAGGGCUGAAAUGUACUACAAGAAAAGGCCUGAGCUGAUGAAAUUGGUUGAGGAGUUCUACAGAGCAUACCGUGCUUUAGCAGAAAGAUAUGAUCACUUGACUGGGGAGCUGCGGCAUGCUCAUCGAACCAUGGCGGAAGCCUUUCCAAAUCAAUUGCCUUUUGUACUGGAUGAAGAAUCACCUUCAAGAUCUUUGGAACAUGAGAGGGAGCCUCAUACACCAGAUAUCCUACAUCCCCUUCGUGCAUUGACUGGCAAGAUGAGUGAACCAAAUUCUGGGGUGUCUAGUGCUGGUACUAGCAAAAGGGGAUUGAAACAGCUAUAUGAUGGGGCUGAGGAAACAGCCAAAGGAAGGUUGAGCAACACUCUGAACCAUGAAGCAGAAAGUCAAAGUUUCCAUGCUGAAGUAUUGCAAUUAUCAAGUGAGAACGAGAAUCUCAAAGCCAAGGCUCAUUCUGAGUCUGAACGUGCACUUAAGGCAGAAAGCGAAGUUGAAAGUUUGCAGUGGGCCCUUGCUGAUAUGAGAACUGAAAAGGAUUCUGUCUUUGUUCAGUAUCAACUCAGUCAGGAGAGGUUAACUAAUCUUGAAGCAGCGCUCCUUCAUGCACAGAAAGACUCCCAAAGGUUCAGUGACCAGGCAAUCCAGGCAGAAACUGAAGUUCGGACAUUGAAGGAAGCCCUUUGCAGGGUAGAAAUUGAUAAGGAAGCUGCGCUAAUGAAGCACAAGAAGUCUAUCGAAAUGAUUUCUAAUCUGGAAGGAAUGGUAUCUCAUGCUCAAGAGGAUCUAGAACGACUCAACAAGAGAGCCACCAAAGCAGAAAAUGAAGCUCAACAUCUGAAUUGUGAAAUUUCAAGAUUGGAAUCUGAAAAGGAAGCUGGCUUUCGGAAAUACAAUGACUGUUUGGAAAAGAUUUCUCAUUUGGAAAACAAAAUCUCAUUGGCAGAGGAGGAUGCCAGGCUGUUAAAAGACCAGGCUGAACAAGCUGAUAUUGAAGUCAAAAGACUGAAAAAAGCUCUUGCUGAACUGAAUGAAGAGAAGGAAUCUUCAGCUCUAAAGUACCAACAGUACCUAAAGAGAAUAUCUGAACUUGAAAAUGAAUUAUCUUCUGCCCAAGAGGAUAUUAAGCGUCUUAACACUGAGAUGCUGACAGGCACUAUGAAACUCAAGCAUUCCGAGGAGAAGUGCAAUCUGUUAGAGCUGUCAAAUCACUCGUUACGUCUAGAGGCAGAAAACUUGAUAAAGAAGAUUGCAAGGAAAGAUCAAGAGCUUUCCGAGAAGAAAGCGGAGUUGGAGAAGCUCCAGGUUUGUGUACAAGACGAGCACCUGCGGUAUGCCCAGAUAGAAGCCAUGCUUCAGAGUUUGCAGACUAUUCAGUUUCAGUCUCGAGAAGAGCAUAAAGCUCUUGCACAAGAACUCAAAACUAGCCUUCAGAUGUUGAAAGACUUGGAGGUACGCAAGCAUGAUUUGGAACAUGAACUUGAGCAAGUUAAGGAUGAAAACUGUAGCUUAAGUGAACAGAAAUUGUCCUCAGACAUUUCAAUCGAGAAUCUGCAAAAUGAAAUCCUUUGCUUGAGAAAGAUGAAGGAGAAACUUGAAGAGAAUGUUGCACAACAAAUUGGUCAAAGCAAUAACCUUCAGAAAGAAAUAUCAUCUCUGAAAGAGGAAAUUAAGGGUCUGAACAAUCGAUAUGAAGCCUUAGUGAACCAAUUGCAGGCAGUGGGUUUAGAUCCAUCUUGCAUUGGGUCUUCAGUAAGGAACUUGCAGGAUGAAAACUCAAGCCUGAGACAAAUCUGUGAAAUGGAGCGCAAUGAGAAAGGUGCUCUUUCCAAGAAGUUGGAGAACAUGGAGGAACUUACAAAGAAGAAAGAUUUUUUUGAGUGCUCCUUGUCAGAGCUAAAUGGAGAGCUUGAAACAUCACGUGAAAAAGUCAGGGAAGUGCAAGAGACUUGUCAAUUUCUCCUUGGAGAAAAAUCCAUUCUUAUUUCUGAAAAGGCUGUUCUUCUAUCUCAAUUGCAAGGCUUGACUGAGAAUAUGCAGAAGAUCCUGGAGAAAAAUGCUGUUCUCGAGAACUCUCUGUCUGGUGCAAAAAUUGAGCUUGAAGGCUUGAGAGAAAAGUCAAAGGGCUUGGAAGAGAUCUGCCAAUUACUCAAGGAUGAAAAGUCCCAUCUUCUGAAUGAAAGAGGUACCCUUGUUCUUCAGUUGGCAAAUGUUGAACGCCGACUAGAGUACCUGGAGAAAAGAUUCUCAGGAUUGGAAGAGAAGUGUGCUUAUCUGGAGAAGGAGAAAGAAUCCAUGCACUCUGAAGUGGAAGAACUAAGGAUCUCUCUAGGUGUUGAGAAGCAUGAAAGAACAAGCUCUACACUUCAAAGUGAGACUCGGUUAGUUAGCCUGGAACACCACAUUCAUUUGUUGCAAGAAGAAAGUAGGUGGAGGAAGAAAGAUUUUGAAGAUGAAAUUGAUAAAGCAGUAAAAGCCCAAUUUGAGAUUUUCGUCUUGCAAAAAUUUGUACAGGAUAUGGAGCAGAAAAAUUACUCUCUAUUGAUAGAGUGUCAGAAACAUGUUGAAGCAUCCAAAUUGGCUGAGAAGCUGAUUUCAGAACUGGAGAGUGAAAAUCUUGAGCAACAGGUGGAAGCAGAACUUUUGCUUGAUGAAAUUGAAAAACUAAGGUUAGGGAUAUAUCGUGUGUUCAAGGCACUUGGAGCUAGUUCAGAUACUCUCUUUGAAGACAAGGUUGAAAAUGAGCAAGUCUUUGUACAUCACAUCUUAGGAAAUAUUGAGGAUAUGAAGCAAUCUCUCUUGCAGUCCAACAAUAGCGAGCUGUCGCUAUUGGUUGAAAACUCUGUUCUUCUCACUCUACUAAGGCAGCUGAAUGCAGAAGGCACAGAAAUUGAGUCAAAGAAGGAAUUCUUAGAGCAGGAGCUGGCUGCAACCAAAGAUAAGCUUCUUAUCACUCAAAAUGAGAAGCAUGGACUUCUUGAGAUGAACAGGCUGUUUAAAUCAGAGGUAAGUGAACAAAACAAACAAGUUAUGUUACUUGAGGAGGAAUUGGAGAAUCUUGGUGUUAAGCAAAGUGAAAUGGUGAAUGCCUACAUGAAUUUACAGGAGAGAUUCUCUGUUGUGCUUGAAGAAAACAGAUAUCUGUCAAGAAAAUUUUCAGAACUUAAGAUGGAGAAAUGCGUGUUGGAGCAGGAAAGUGAUGUUCUUCUUCAGGAAUCAUUGGCUUUUUCAAACUUUUCUAUAGUUUUGGAAAGCUAUGGAAUUGAGAAAUCUUUAGAAUUAAAAUUACUGUCAGAAGAUGCGGAAAAUCUCAGUGGGGUUAUGGAUGGCCUUAAUAAGGAGGUCAGGCUAUUGCGAGGGAAGUUGGAGUUGGAAGAAACAAAUAAUAUGUUGCUGAGAGAUUCAGUUCAGAGGUUGGAGAUGGAACUGCAUACAGUGAGACAGUCAAAUGAUGAGUUGAAGCAGGAAAUUGUAAGUGUUAAGGAAGUCUUGAGUCAGAAAGAAGCUGAUAUUUUGGAAGCAGAACAGAAGCUUCAAGCAGCGGAAAGCCUAAAUUUGGAAUUGUGCAAAACCGUGGACACACUGAAGACUGAGAGUCAAGAAUCAUCUUACAUCAAAGAAAAUCUGGAAAAGAACCUGCUUAAAUUAUCUGAAGACAACAGCAUGCAGGGCAAGGAAAUUGAAGGCCUCCGUGAAGUGAAUGAGAACUUGACAUCUGAACUGUGUAAACUGCAUGAAAAAUGCGAAGAGCAAAGGCUCAGAGAAGAGAAGUUGAGCUCAGAGCUGAAAGUUAAAAAUGACGAGUAUGAACUUUGGGAGGCUGAGGCUGCAGCAUUUUACUUUGACCUUCAAAUCUCAUCCAUUAGGGGAGCUCUAUAUGAGAACAAAGUGCAGGAGCUUGCUGAGGUUUGUGAAAGUCUCGAGGAUCAUUCUACUUCAAAAACUCUAGAAAUUGAAGAAAUGAAGGAAAAUAUCAGGUCCAUGGAGAAUGCAAUAGGCGAACUAACUGCACAGUUGUCAGCAUAUGACCCUGUCAUAGCUUCUCUGAGAGAUGAUGUGGCAUCUCUGGAAUAUAAUGUUUUGCAUCAGACAAAGCUCGCUAAAGCUGAUCAUUUGGAACCAAAGUGUACCAGAUUGGGAGUACUUCCUGAUGAAAGUUUCCAUGAUAAACCAAUGGACCAUCAAUCACCCAUGCCAGUUGGCAUUCAAGAUUUACAGAAGCUGCAGUGUAGGAUUAAGGCAGUUGAGAAGGUAAUGGUAGAAGAGAUGGAGAACCUUAUUUUACAGGAAAGCUUAAACACACAGGCGAAGCAAGAAAGAGUUAUGAAUGAGACAAAUGACUUGAAACCUCGACUCAGCUUCGGUCAGGAAAAAGUCAAGAAGAAGGAAAAGAAGAAGGUGCCUGGGAGGAAUCUCAAGUUGCAGGAAGAUAAGGGGGAGGGCAUUGAAAUCAAGAAGGGAGCUUUAAUGAAAGAUAUUCCGCUGGAUCAUGUCUCAAGUACUUCACUUCAUGGAUUCCGCAGGAAAGGAAAUGUUUGCACAGAGAGAACAGACGAUAAGGUUCUUGAGCUGUGGGAAACUGCUGAGUGGCACAUUCCGGAUCGCACUGGAAGUGUAUCCCAAAAUUUGGCCUUUGCAGCAAGUGAGGGGGACAUAGUAUAUGAUCAGUUUGAAAGUACAAGGCAGAUGGCAGGAUGCCCGUCUACUGGUUCUGAAGUGGAGAAGGAGUUGGGUGUUGAUAAACUCGAGUUGUUAACAAACAUUACCAUUUCAAAUGAAGACGUCCACAACAGGAUGAUCCUUGAGAGACUUGCUUCUGAUGCACAGAAGUUGACAAGUCUUCAUCUGACGGUGCAGAACUUGAGGAGGAAAUUGGACACAAACAAAAAGAGCCAAAAGAUUAAAGAUGUUGAUCUGGAAACAGUCAAGGAACAGUUGCAAGAAGUCCAGGAGACGGUCAUUCAGCUGGUGGAUUUAAAUGGCCAAUUGAUGAGAAAUAUUGAAGAGAAUCCUUCUUGUUCAGGUGGAAAGUCUUCAGCAGAGUUGAAAGAGGAUGAAGAUGCCAGGAGAAAGGUGGUCUCCGAGCAGGCACGCAAAGGGUCUGAAAAGAUUGGAAGGUUGCAAUUGGAAGUGCAGAAACUCCAGUACGUCUUGCUUAAACUGGAGGAUGAAAAGAAAAUCAGAGGGAAAAGCCGAUUUUCCAAGAGCAAAACAACCAUUAUUCUCAGGGACUUCAUAUACAGCGGGAGGAAGAACAGUGGACAGCGAAAGAAGUCUCCCCUUUGCGGAUGUUUUAAGCCUUCAACCCCUUGUACUCCUAGAUGUAAUUCGAUCCGCCGCAUGUAAUGCUAAUAACUGUUUUGCCUUUUUCCUUUAUCAGUCUCUGCAAUGGUCCUUAAAUUAUGUGACUGGACUAUUUCUAGAAGCAGUUUUAGAAAACUGAUCUGAUCUGCUUAGAAUAGAGGAACUGCAGAAUUAGAUUUGAUCUAAUUCAAAUAAUGCUGGCAGAUAACAGCCCUCUACUCUAUCUAUUAUCUGUAUCUAUUAGUGCUAUGUAAUUCAUCAGAAAAUUUGCUGAGAUUCA